AUGGCAGGUGGAUUGGCUGCUACUUCAGAUGUGGCCCGCAUCGAGGCUCCCGUCACUGCAAAGGCAUACAUGAUGUGUGCUUUUGCUUCGUUCGGUGGUAUCUUCUUUGGUUAUGAUUCCGGUUAUAUCUCUGGUGUUAUGGGAAUGCCCUACUUCAUCAACUUAUAUACUGGCAAAGCUAUUCCAGGUCCUGGUGCAUCAAAAGCCGAGAAGGAUGCUUUCGUUCUUCCCGCUUCGGAUAAAUCUUUAAUCACUUCUAUUCUCUCCGCUGGUACAUUCUUCGGCGCCAUCAUUGCUGGUGAUCUCGCGGAUUGGAUCGGUCGUCGUACUACUGUCAUUCUCGGUUGUAUCAUCUUCAUCAUCGGUGUCAUCUUACAAACUGCAUCUACUGGUCUCGGACUCCUCGUAGCUGGUCGUCUGGUUGCAGGUUUCGGUGUCGGUUUCGUCUCGGCCACCAUCAUUCUUUACAUGUCGGAAAUUUGCCCCAAGAAGGUUCGUGGUGCUUUGGUAUCGGGUUACCAGUUUUGCAUUACCAUUGGUCUUCUCCUCGCUUCUUGCGUCGAUUAUGGUACUCAAAAUCGUUUGGAUACUGGUUCCUACAGAAUUCCAAUCGGUCUUCAAAUCGCGUGGGCUCUCAUCUUAGCUUUUGGUCUUUUCCUUCUCCCUGAAUCCCCAAGAUACUAUGUUAAGAAGGGUAACCUUGAUCGUGCCGCUGCCAACCUUGCUCGUCUCAGAGGUCAACCAGAAGGAAGUGAAUACAUCCAACAAGAACUUACCGAGAUCAUUGCCAACCAUGAAUACGAAAUGUCCGUCAUUCCUCAAACCGGUUACUUCGGCUCAUGGAUGAACUGCUUCAAGGGAUCACUCCGCAACCCUGGUUCCAACCUCCGCAGAACCAUCCUCGGUACUUCUCUUCAAAUGAUGCAACAGUGGACCGGUGUCAACUUCAUCUUCUACUUUGGUACUACCUUCUUCCAAGCUCUCGGUACCAUUUCCAACCCUUUCCUCAUCGGUUUAAUCACCACCCUCGUCAACGUUUGCUCCACCCCCAUCUCCUUCUACACCGUUGAACGUUUCGGUCGUCGUACAAUCCUCAUCUGGGGUGCCCUCGGUAUGUUAGUCUGUGAAUUCAUCGUCGCAAUCAUCGGAGUCACCGCCGGUCGUGCCUCGCAAAACAACACCUCUGCCGUCUCAGCCAUGAUCGCAUUCAUCUGUAUCUACAUUUCCUUCUUCGCCUCCACCUGGGGUCCCGGAGCCUGGGUAGUCAUCGGUGAAGUCUUCCCUCUCCCCAUCCGAUCCCGCGGAGUCGGACUCUCCACCGCCUCCAACUGGCUCUGGAACUGCAUCAUCGCCGUCAUCACUCCCUACCUCGUCGGUACCGAAAAAGGCCAAGCAAACCUCGGCGCAAAGGUAUUCUUCAUGUGGGGUUCCCUCUGCACAUGUUGUUUCGUCUAUGCCUAUCUCCUUGUUCCUGAAACCAAGGGUCUCUCCCUCGAACAAGUCGAUCGCAUGUUGGAAGAAACUACCCCCCGUACAUCUGCUAAAUGGGUUCCUCACUCCACUUUCGCAGAUGAGAUGGGUAUGACUGAGAAGUCUGGUGUUGAACAUGUUCAACAUGCUGAGGGUGGUCAGAAAGUUGAAGUUUAG